GUGCGUGCAUUUGUGUUGUCCGGUGUUUGAAGACGCUUGGAAUUCGCUUUCAAUUUCUUCGUAGGAAAAAUGUCGGGUGAUACCGAUAAAGCGAAAAUCAGUGACAAUCAGGAUGAAGACAAGAAGUCCGGAGCAGGUGACGGGCAAACCACAGAAGAUGAGUCCUCCCAGGACUCCAAGGGUGAGUCGCAGGCUUCUGAGCCUGCAGCAGCCCAAGGUAACGCCGAUGUAGAUCAACUAGACAGCAAAGAAGAAAUACCACCUAGUGAAGGUGAUACAAAAUCGACUACGGCUAACGGCAAGGACGACGACCCGGCAGGAGAUGACUCUAAAGAUGACACGAGAGAUGAUACGGCUGAUGGUGACACUAAAAAGGAAGAAAAUGGCGAGACACAUGAUGAAGAUGAAAAAGAUGACGUAAAAUCUAAUGACAAGGCUGCAAAGAAGCCAGCUCCGAAAAAGAAAGCUAAGAAGGAGGAUACAGAAGAGGAGGACGAGGAAGAUGAAGAGGAGGAGGAGGAGGAAGAGGAAGGCGAGGAGGGAGAAGAAGAGGAGGACAAGAAACCAGCUAAAGAGAAAGUAAAGAAGCCAGCAAAGAAAGCUAAAGAGGACGACGAGGGUGACGAUGAGGAGGGCGACGAGGAAGAGGAGGAGGAAGAGGAAGAAGAAGAGGAAGAGGAGGAGGCGCCUAAACCAAAGCCUAAGAAAGAGCCAACGGAACCGCCAGUCCCUCUGCCGGCCGGUAAGGGCAUCCCGCUGGGCCAUAUCAGCAAAGUUGAAGUGUCGUUGUCGCGGUUCAAGACGCAGGAUCAGAAACUCUUGCAUCAGUAUUUGUAUGGGCAACUAUGUUUGGAUCGUAACGUGAAGCGCAACAUAAAGAAGUUCAAGGGUUACGAGUGGGCCAUCGGUUCAUCAGAAUACAAGGCGAAGCUCGAGGAGACUACUAAGAUGGAGUCAAAGCAGCUACGGACCAUGUGCGAGAUGCUCGAUCUUGAUAAAAAAGGCUCCGCGGCGGAGCUGUCGGCGCGGCUGGUGGGCUUCCUGCAGCAGCCGGGCCCCAACUCGCCGCACAUGCGCGGCGGCCCGCGCGCGCCCGCCGCCGCGCCGCCCGCCGCGCCCGGCGGCCGCCCGCGACGCUCCGCCGCCGUCAAGGUGCACAACAGAGGCUACUCUGAUGAGGAGUAUGAAUCCGAUCCAGAAACGAAAGUGAAGGGUCCAAAGCCGCCUAAAGACGGAUCUGAAGAUUCCGAUGUAAGUUUUGGCUCGUUCAACCCGAGCGGGUCGGAGGAGGCGGACAGCGACUUCGACCCGGAGGCGGGCGAGAGCGCGGCCGGCGUCGCGCGCAAGCGCAAGUCCACCGGCCGCCGCCGCUCCGCCGGCAAGCCCGCCAAGCGCGGCCGCAAGCCCAAGGGCAAGAAGGGCCGGCCAAGUAAAUCGGGACGCGGUCGACGAGCGAGGUCCGACAGUGAAGAGGAGAGUGAAAAGUCAGAGAGCGAAAGUGAGAACGAGUCCGGAAGCGAAGGAGAGGAAUCUGACGAGCCAAAGUCGAAACGCGGCCGGCCAGCAGGUUCCGUAGCGAAGGGCCGUAAAGGCGCCGUGGCCAAGAACGCUAACGCUAAGGCCACGCCCGUCAAGCGGAAAGCACCAACGCCGCCCGCUAAGAAGAAGGCCGUCGCAGGCAAGGGGGCGGGCCGGCCGGCUAAGAAGGGCGGCAAAAAGGCGUCGUCAGACGAAGAGUCCGGCGAGGGCAGCGAGGAGGACGAGGAGGAGGAGGCCAGCGACGAGGAGGACGACAGCGGGGACGAGUCCGACACGCCCGCCGACAAGAAGGCCAAGCGGCCGCCCACUGACGACGAGAUCAAGAAGUACGUGAAGCAAAUCCUCGAAGGUGCGAACUUAGAGCAGAUCACAAUGAAGACGGUGUGCAAACAGGUGUACAGCCACUAUCCGGACUUCGACCUCGCGCACAAGAAGGACUUCAUCAAGGCCACAGUCAAGUCGUGUAUUUAAGAUGAUAGGAGUUAAGAGCGGAGUGUAGAUGUCUACAUAGUAUACCUAUAGAUUAUAAAAGGACAUAGCUAUAUAUUAUUACAAUAAUAAUAUAUUAUGAAUAAAAUAUUAUGAAAUGAAGUGGAACGGAUAAACACCCGCUUUACUUUACAAGCUCAUAUCAUCGUGAGCAGGUGACUAUUCGGCCGCAAACACAUUCAUAGUCGAGUAAGCACCACUUAAAAAUACUUAGACUAAUGCCCCUAGCAUCGUCCGGCUGUACACCGCACCGCGCAGAUCUUUACACCGUUUUGUUACUCCUAGUAGGUACAUUUGUUUGUUUCGCCGGCGACGCUCUGUGGGCCUGUGUAAUUUUAUGUUGUAGGAAUAAUUCCCAUAGAAGUAAGGAUAACCCAAGUAAAACAGCUCUAGGAUUUGUAAGAUCGUUUUAUUUUAACUGUGCCUGUAUUAGUAAUACGAUCACGUUUGUUGAUUAUGUUAUGAGGAAUGCGGCUCGGUGUUAGCUGGUAACUGAUGUAUUUCCAUUAUUCUCUAGAAUUACUCUACGUUAUAAGUUAUAGUUUGAUAAUAAAAUGCUUAUUUUUUUCACAUAAUCAGUUACAUAAGCGAAUGUUUUUGUAUUGGUAGGUACAUAAAGCUGCAGCGCGAUAAUUAGCGUUUGAGUUUAUAUAUUUUAAUAUGUUUUUUCUAAAUGUGGUUUAUGUUAAUUUUUAAUUUGAACCGAUUACGCUGACAGUUGGACAGCAGCUUUAUGGAUAGUUCGAUUAUAACACGAACGAUUAUACAUGGUGAUAUUUUGAACGAAGUACAUGAGGUAGGGUGGUCAGGGCCUGCAGAUGAAUUUGCGCCGCCAGUAAAAUGGCUUGGCUUGGCAUAAUAAGGUUUAUGAUCGCAUUUUGCAGCUACUUACUCAGACUUAAAUUAUCAUUUAUUGUGAGCUUACCACAAGCACCAACUUUCCACAUAAGGUAAUUUAUUUCCUUUUCGUAUAACCUGGCAGCAUGAUAAUGUACUCUGUCCCCUACGCCUAAUAAUGUUCAAAAUAUCACCUGUAUAAGAACAUGUUUUUAAAGCUCUAGUUUUAAAAGUACAUUUAUGUAAGUUUAUUCCUAACGCUCGAGCCGUAUUCAAUUAUGCUAAAGUCAUGAUAAUCCCUUUUUAUAUGCAAUGAUAUGUACAAAGUUCAGGAACAUUGGAACAAUGAUAUACUUAAUAAAAUUCCAAAUUAAUACACUACUAUAUGUAUAGUGAUAUCACACAAUAUAAUAAUCCGAUUAUUAAAUUAAGGAUUUAAGUAUUAGUGUUGUAAAAUCCAAAAAUAUUUUUUUAUUGGGACCGGGGAAGACAUUGCCUUUGUCAUUUUUAACUUGAGUUAAAAUAACGUAUUGGUACACUAUUGCAAAAUAAUUAGGUAUUAAAAAGCCGGUUAUGUAUAAGAUACUUUCAUAAUGUUUCCUAAUUUAUAAAAUCGUUAAUUUGUUUUCAUGGUGUUUCGGAAAACUGUUUUAUUUUUUUAACGCGGAAGUAGUUUGUAAAAGUUUUCUCGCAGUUCAGCACUAUCGCAAAAUAAAACUAUUCGAUUUAGGGUCGGUUAAGCGUACUUUAAGAAGUGUAAAUAAUACACAGGACUUGCGAUUUUGGGGGGAUGUUGCGUGUUAAUAUUUGUAGACGUGAAAUGUGUUACAUAUAUGGUUGUAAUAGUCACUUGUAAACUAUAAUUCUCAUAUAAUAAUUACAGAAGCAAGUGACUGAUAUAGCUUGAUGUUUGUGUGUAUAUCACACGCAUGUCCCGCGUUGUAAAUUAGUUUGUUUCCAAUAAGUUAGCGUAUUGUUCAGUACAUAAUGUGUUCACGCGGCGAAGUCUAGCUCAUUGGCAGAAUAUCACGAUCCACACACCGCUAUAGUGGUCCCAACCCGUUAGGAUUCCUUUAGUGCAAUAAUGUAACGCGUAACAAGUAUAUUAAAAUCAAUGUCGUUCUUCAAAUCAUAUCAAUGUUUUUGUGGUCAAUCCGAGCUUAGCUUACAUAGACAAGCAUUCUCUCAAAAUAGUGUAUAAGAUGGUUUCUUGAAGGAUCAACCGCUUCUUAUAAUUUUAGGUGCUUAUACAGCAUUUGAUAUUUGUUUUAAAUGUAACUUGUGGCCGAUGUCGCUAAGUCCGUGGGUGAGCUAUGGUAGGUGUGGGUUCGGGCGAGCAGCGACGCGGCGCAAUGCGUUCACUCAUAGAGGUGACCUGUUUUUUGUCUAUAUUCGCUAAUCUCUAUACGUGAAUCGCAUUGGUAAGAGCAGCCCCAGACUUUACCAUCAGGUAAUCCUGGGGUUGUCGUAAUGUCCUAUGUUCUGUUUCCUUCAGUUGGAGGUCGUCUCCCCGCGCGCCCGAGCCUUUUAUUUCUAAGAUAGUUGUAAUCAACAUUAAAUGUGUAUUUGUGAAUUUUUAACCUUAUUUCGGUUGAUGUUUCUUUUUAAAUGUGUAAAUGGCUGAGAUCUGUAGCGAAGUAGUGACAUGGAGUGAUAGCGAGUGACUGGUUCCCCCUUUUACAAUUGGAUAAUAGAUAAUAAAGUAAAUAAAAGUUUGAAA